AUGCCCGCGGUGCAUGCGGAGCCUACCGCGGAGGUGGCAUCGCCGGCUGUGGGUGAAGAAGCAGUGGCGGCGAGUCCGGGUGGUCCGGAGGCGGAGACGGUAGGGGAGCCGACGCCCGGCCCGGUUGGAGCCGGAGCCGAGGCGGAGGAAGCCCCUGGCCCUGGCGAGGGAGAGGAUGUCCCCCCCAGUCCUGACGGCGGGGAGGAAGGCGGUGUCGCGGAGCCGGGAGCGGAGGAAGCUCCAGCGGCGCCAGUGCGGCAGCCAUCGGUACCACGAGUGACUCAGGCGGAAAAGGAUGCUGAAUGGCGACGGGCGGGCACGAUGGAAUUUGAGAGUCCAGGGAACAAGAGGACAGAGUUUGGCCGUGUGGGCCCGGACUCCCGUGUGCUAUUACAAUCACGAUUGGAUGAGGCAAGUCAUUUGUCGCCGAGGACGUUUGAUCCAAGUCCGACGCAGUUCCGAUAUGCAUUGGAUGUGGAGGGCUACCCGUUGCAUUAUCGUAACCGUUCAGCGUACCCGGUGGGUGGUGUGGCGACGGCUGCUGAGAUGAAGGCAUUGGAGCAGGAGAAUCCGGAUGUAUUGGCCGAGUUCCAGCGUUGUCGUGCAGCUGAGUGGCGUUGGGAAGUUAGUAGACGUCGUUCCACCCCCAACAUGCUCUCCAGCUGGCUCUGCUACAUGGGACUCUGCGGCGACCCACCAGGUACCGUGUCGGAGGCCGAAAGCCAAUGGCCCGGUCGUGAACGACUCCAGAACGUUCGCCAUCCUGUCAAGGAACGAGUCGCUGACAGCAAACUUGACCGUGUGGAAAUCGCACCCGCAGCUCUCGAGUUCCGAAGAGAAUGUUUCAAACAACUUACGGCCGAAAACAAGGGUAAACUACCACGAGACCAAGCCGUGCUCCUCGCACAAUUCUGGGGCUACAUACCCAGCGAACUUGACAAACGACGCUUCGCCGAAAAGAAGGAACCUGUACCCGAAAAGGAAUUCAAUAAGUGGCUCGACCAAACAUUGUUGCAUCCAGAAGAUCGCAAUCUCGCUGCCAUCAAGAGCUGCUUCAAAAAUCUUGACUUCAACAACAAGGGAACCGUCAGUGAAUUCGCCUUCCGCUGUCUACUCAAGGACUCAGGGGAAGAACUCACCGACGAACAAAUCGAUGACAUCAUUAAUCGCACCGCCUGCAGACAAGACCAGAAAAUCAAAUACGACGACUUCAUCGAAGAACUCUGGGCACAAAACAGAAAACUGCCAUCAACCACUGUCUAUACACAACUGGGUAUUGCCACUCGCAACCUGCCGAACAUGACCGAAACGGAAGUCCAUCAUUUCUAA